AUGCGGCAGGUGUCAAUUGUGUCGCUCCGUGCACGGCAGGUGUUCAGCCACAGCCGCGUCGCUCAGCAGCGUUUGGGCCUUGUCCGUUGGGUUUCGACUUCGACGUCGAGCGACCGCUCCGUGUGUUUCGUGGCACGGACGCGAUUGGGCCUGGAGCCUUUGCUCCUGGCAGAGCUCCAAAAAGUCGAGGACUUCGACGGUGAUGCCGUCAGUCCCCUGACUGAAGCCCAGGAAGCAGUGCCCCGCGGUGGUUUAGUGAUGCCGGAGGGAAAGGAAGCAGAAGGCGCAGUGGAAAUCCACGGAGCUUGGUCCAAUCUCUACCGAAUUCUGCGUUGCUCUUUGGUCCAAAGUGUUUGGCUUCGAGUGGGGCCCUGUUUUCAAUGCAACGAGCUCAGUGAUUUGGAGACUGCAGUGCAAGAAGCUCCAUGGGAAGACUUCUUGGACCUGCAGCAGCUUGGUCCCAUUGUGACAUGGGAGCGAGAGUCGCGGUUAGAAGCUGCAGAUGUCAGGUCUCUUCUCCGGCGUUUGCUGCGGGACUCCGCUGACAACUCCACCACGCCUUCCCCGAUGACCCUCCGAGCUGUGCUACAUCGGAACCAGUGUUCGUUGGAGCUCCUGUGUGCCACACAGCUGGGGCACCGGGACUUGUUACAGGUUCCGGCACCAUCGGCACCAGCGGCACCAUCUCCCUCGACUGCCUCGACUGCACGCGGUGGAAAAGUACCCGGCUGGCCCAGCCAGGUUGCCAGCCGGGUUCCUCCAUCGCUCAACUGGUCCUUCACAUCGCCUUCCAUCUCUCCGUCGCCACUUCCUAAGAAAUCUCAGGACGUGGAUGGGACUUUUGUCGCUGCUUUGGUGGCACAGAUUCCACAACGAGCUUUUCAUUCGAGUCUCAUUUGGGAUCCUUUCUGCAGGAGUGGCCAGGUGCUUCUAGAAGUGUUGUCCACGGUUGCACAGCUGCCCCUGCACAACGUGGAAGACAUGCCCUGCGCGCGGCUCCGGCCACACAGGCCACAAGAAGCCAAAAACAUUUUGGAAGCUGCAGAGGAGAAGGCACGCGGCAUGAUGUUAGUGGGCUCAGACCGCAGUGUGGCGGCCAUCUUGCACGCACGUGAUCGAUUUCGGAAGUGCUCAGACCUCUUUCAGCACAUGCAGAAAACCAAGGUUUCUUCGGCGAGAGAAGUCACACCAAGUUCAAAUGAAAGUUCAGCUGAGGCAACACCUGUCAAGUUGGGCCAUGCGUCAAAGCCGACCAAAGCGCGCGGCAAAAGAAAACCAUUGCGUGGAGAGAAGCAAACCGCAUUGAAUGAGUCAGAGAUUUCGGAGAUGUUUUGUUUCUCAACGGCGGAUGGCACCGAGCUGGGCAUCAAUUUGCCUUGCGAAGUGUCUUUGAAUGCAGCGACAUUUGAAGAUCUCGCUCCAUUCCUGUCGGGUGCAUUGGUCGUCACCCGCGUGCCCAGUGAGGCGCAUCGUCUGGGCUGCACGGCUCGAAUGGCACGUCUGUACCGCGACUUCGGGCAUUUUCUCGCUGCGCGGAAGGACAACAUGGUGGGAGCCUUUGUUUUGGUCGACAACCCUGUGUUUCGCCGACAGACGCGCUUGGCUUGGCAGACUUUGGGCCACUUCCGCGCGGCCAAUCAGAGAAGAUGGUGGUUGCUCUACUGGUCUGCCUUGAGACCACAUGGCCAUGGCGGCCAUGGCGGCCAUGGCGGUCACGGCGAAACCGAUGCAGAGUGGGAGCAGGAUCAGAAGCGCUUCAGACGCUGGGAAAGAUCUCCCAGGCGGCGAACUCUUCAGCGCCGGCGUGGCAAACACGUGGUGAAAGCCAAGGAUACCAAGACAGAGGGUGAACCUUUGGUGGCGUUGAAGAUCAUUCGCUCCAACGAUAUGAUGAAAAAAGCUGCAGAGAAAGAAGUGGAAAUCCUCCAGACGCUGAACAACGCAGACAAAGCCAACAAGAGACACAUCGUGCGACUCAUCGAGACUUUCUACUACCGAAAGCAUAUUUUCAUGGUCUUCGAGUGCAUGGCUGAAGAUCUCCGCGGAGCUUUGAAGAAGUACACCAAGAAUCGUGGGAUGUCCCUUCCAGCUGUGCGGGCAUACACCAAGCAGCUUUUGAUCGGAGUGAGGCACAUGCACAAGUUCAGCAUUAUCCACGCUGACUUGAAGCCAGACAAUAUCCUCAUUAGUCAGGACGUAAAGCUUUGUGAUUUCGGCACUGCCAUUGAACAGAAAGACAUCAGCGUCUCCCCGUAUUUGAUGAGUCGGUUCUACAGACCUGCAGAGGUCAUUCUCGGUUGUGAGUACGGGGUGCCUGUAGAUGUCUGGGCUCUCGCUUGCACCCUCUACGAGAUUUUCACAGGGAAGACCCUGCUGCAGGGAAAGACAAACAAUGACAUGCUGAAGCGGAUCAUGGACCUCAAGGGUAAGAUCCCAAAGAAUGUGAUCAAGAAGGGUGCCGUGUGGAAGAACCACUUUGACGAGAAUUUGGAUUUCAAAUUUAUUGACAAAGACUCCAUGACCGGUGAAGAAAUCACCCGGGUCAUCACUGACAACAACUGCAAGAGGGAGCUCAAGGAGUUUCUUUUGGAUCGUGUGGGUUCAGAAAAGCAAAAGUCCCAAGAGAGAGAGGACCAGCAAUACGUGAAGAAAACGAUACACUUCGCGGAUUUGCUGGACAAAAUGCUCGCACUUGAUCCUGACAAACGAAUCACAGCCGAUGAUGCCUUGAGACAUCAUUUUGUGGAGGAUCCCAAAGCCUUGAAGGCUGCAG